UUUGUUGCUCAGCCAAACUGCCAGCAGCUACUAGCAACACUUUGGUAUGACGGUUUUCCAGGAUGGAGGCGGAAACACUGGGCAGUAAAACUCUUGACCUGUGUCACCAUUGGACUGCUAUUUCCUGUGCUAUCCGUGGCAUAUCUGAUUGCACCGAAGAGCAGGCUGGGACUGUUCAUUAAAAAGCCAUUUAUAAAGUUUAUCUGCCACACUGGCUCUUACCUAACCUUCCUCUUCAUGCUCCUGCUGGCGUCGCAGCACAUCGUCAGGACUGACCUUCACAUGCAGGGACCACCUCCCACCAUCGUAGAGUGGAUGAUCCUGCCCUGGGUUCUAGGUUUUAUCUGGGGAGAAAUCAAGGAAAUGUGGGAUGGUGGAUUCAAUGAGUACGUACAUGACUGGUGGAAUCUGAUGGAUUUUGCAAUGAACUCCCUCUAUCUUGCAACUAUCUCCCUUAAAAUUGUUGCCUACGUCAAGUAUAACGGUUCUCGUCCAAGGGAGGAAUGGGAAAUGUGGCACCCGACUCUCAUUGCAGAAGCCCUCUUUGCAAUAUCCAAUAUUUUAAGUUCCUUGCGUCUCAUAUCCCUGUUUACAGCAAAUUCACACCUGGGACCCUUGCAGAUUUCUCUGGGACGCAUGCUGCUAGACAUCCUUAAAUUCCUUUUUAUCUACUGUCUGGUGCUUCUGGCUUUUGCCAAUGGACUGAACCAGCUUUAUUUUUAUUAUGAGACCAGUGCCUCGGAGGAACCCAACAACUGCAAGGGGAUCCGAUGUGAGAAACAGAACAAUGCCUUCUCCACACUUUUCGAGACCCUCCAGUCACUCUUCUGGUCUGUGUUCGGUCUGCUGAAUCUCUACGUCACCAACGUGAAAGCCAGACAUGAGUUCACAGAAUUUGUUGGGGCCACUAUGUUUGGGACCUACAACGUCAUCUCCCUUGUUGUGCUGCUGAACAUGCUCAUAGCCAUGAUGAACAACUCCUACCAGCUCAUCGCCGACCAUGCGGACAUUGAGUGGAAGUUUGCACGGACGAAGCUCUGGAUGAGUUACUUUGAUGAAGGUGCCACUCUGCCCCCUCCUUUUAACAUUGUCCCAAGUCCCAAGUCAGUCUGGUACCUUUGCAAGUGGAUUCACAAUCAGCUGUGCCCAGGCGACGACUCUGACAAUGAACAGAAGAGGCAUGAAAACCUGAAAACAUUCACGGAACGGCACGCUGACAACCUGAUUCAGAAUCAACAUUACCAGGAAGUGAUAAGAAAUCUUGUGAAAAGGUAUGUCGCAGCAAUGAUAAGAACUUCCAAAACCAACGAAGGUUUAACUGAAGAAAAUUUCAAGGAAUUAAAGCAGGACAUCUCAAGUUUUCGCUAUGAAGUUCUGGACCUCUUAGGAAAUAGGAAGCCCCAGAGGAGAAGUUAUUCUACCAGCAGCACAGAAGUGUCCCAAAAGGAUGAAACAAAUGAAGAUGGUGCUGGAGAAAAAUCCAAAGCCAAAAGCGUGUCUUUCAAUGUAGCCAACAAAAAAAAGGACUUCAAUGUAUCUGCUCUGAUUAAAACUAUGUCUGGGAUCAAUAUGGUGGAAGAGAAGCCAAAAAGCAAUGGGAUCAGUAAGCGCUCCUUUGUCCGAAAUGGAAAUAGAGUUCAGAGACUUUCCAGCUCCAAGAAGGAGUCUUUUAAGAGACUGGGCCUGCUUUUCUCCAAGAUGAAUGGACACGUACCUGAACCAAAUUCAGAACCCAUGUACACUAUUUCAGAUGGAAUUAUUCAGCCACACUACAUGUGGAAAGACAUUAAAUAUUCUCAGAUUGAUAAAGAGAGAGAAGAGAAUUGUUCCAAAAGUGAAAUUAACCUCAAUGAGGUAGACUACAGUGGGAACACAAGACUUACGGGACAGAGCAAGGAGUGCCCUGUGGUUUGUACCAGCUCCCUUCACUGUGCUUCCAGUAUUUGUUCCUCUAAUUCCAAACUUAUAGACUCAUCAGAGGAUGUGUUUGAUUCAUGGGGAGAGGCUUGUGACUUGUUUAUAAACCAGUGGAAAGAUGGGCAGGAGGAUCACGUUACAACUCGGCUAUAA